AUGAUAGCCGUCUCAGCAUUCGGCAUGUCUGCAAACAACGAGCGUUGCGAUACCGGUACAUAUCCCUUAGCAAAUGAAAGAGACUAUAGAUUGGAAGAUACAACCCCUAAGUUGCCAUCUAUCAAAGAACAACUACCUGAGGAUGAUUCGGGGAGAGACUCACAAAUGCUAAGUCUUUCAUCAGACUCGUUGUCUGGAACGUCUGGGCAACCCCAAUAUGAGUCUCUUGUCCAAAUAUAUGACCUCACAGGACCUACAAGUAAUAAAACACCUUCCCAUACAUUUCCACGCCAGGGUUCCACUCCCGAAGUAUUUCAGUCUCAAGCGUGUAGUCAUCCUGGAUGUAGCAAAAGAUUCAAUGAUCCUUUUCAACUCACGAGACAUGAAAAGUUACAUCUGUGCGUUGGAAUUUCUGGAGAGAAAGAUUGUUCUACACAAUUCACGGUCGAGCCUGCGGCCGAUGAAUCUUCAAGGCCCAGAAACUUAGAAUACACGAUCUUAAACAAAGCGACUGCUGAUCCGCUUGCAUCGGUAGACCACGGUUCCAUGUCGGCCAAUUCUUCUGGUAACAAUGGAUAUCAAAUAGAGAUUAAUGGCUCAGCCAGUGCCGACUCAACUACAGCCGGGCACCCGAAAUGUUCAUAUUGUGAUUAUGAGCCAGGCGGACCUGAUCAGUGGAAGACAGGUAACUUGAGACGCCAUAUCAAAGAAAAACAUCUCAUGAAAACAACUAACAGACUGCCUUGUCAUAUGAAUGAAUGUAAAGCCACAUUUACCAGAUAUGGCCAUCUCAAAGCUCACCAAGAAAAUAUCCAUGGUAUCAUCCAGUUCACGGGAAAACGCCGGCGGAGAACUAUGACAGAAGACGGGAUCGGAAGCGCAAAAAAGAAAAAGAUCUUUGCGAAAGAAGCAGUGAAUAUCGCCGCAGUCGAUGUAAUAGAUUCUGAAAACGAAGAAAUGCAAGCCAUUCAGGCUCGAUCGCUGGAACCUUUCGAAAGUGACAAACGGUAUCAAAAGAGUCAUCUUGGUGAGGAAACUUUUCCCCACAAAGAUCAUUCAUUGCAUCAGUUGGGGCACCAUUAUGACCAGGAGGCUGAGAUUUUCGCUGCCUCUACUCGGUCUCACGAUGAUCAGAUCAUUACGGAGCAGUUGGGCAGACCAGGCUCUUCUGUCUUCGCAACUGACUUAGAAGUGCCAUCUAACUUCAAAAACAGCUACAACGACAUGGAUUCAUCGGAAGUGGAUCUCAAUCAACCCGAUUUGUUUCAUUGGGAUGUAAAGUCACUCGCUUCUGUGCAGACGUACCGAGAUAGCGGAUUAGGCUCAAGUCUACCCUCCCAGGGAUCUGCCUCAAUCACUCACGACCUUCCCCAGGCAGCGAAAGAAGAGAUUUUAACAAUUAUCUACACCGAUUCUGAGCUCCAGUUGAGUCUUUCUAACAUCGCUUCCAAGAUUUCCAAACCACGAUUCAUUCGGAAUAUCCGACGAUUACUUCAGUUUUUUAUUCUUGAACUCCGAAAAACUGUUACUGAUACUCGAGAAAAUGAUGCCGUCAAUAUCCUUGAACGAUAUGCACCAUGGUUCGCAACUAGGCUUUUUGACUUUUCAAAUCCUAAUAGAGACUCGGACUCACGCGCCAUGGCUUCAUAUCUAGACCAGCAAAUCGAUACAAAAUUGCUUGUUGAGCAAUACUUGGCAUCGAGUCUGGGCACUAAGAUCUCUGACGCUCAGGAAAGAGACGAAGCGGAGAAAAUAGAUACUGCUGUAAUGGAAGUUGACGAUUUGAUCCAUAUUGAUUACUCAAACUUUCCAAAUCUAGAACACAUCAAGAGAUUCAUCAACGGAGGCUCGGCUUUUGAAAUUCUGCGCCUGAACCUCUUAAUGUGUUCUAGAAAUGAGUUGCCCGACACUUCUUUGGGAACUACAAGCGUUCACAUUGAGCCAAAAAUCCCCUCACACUUCGAAACCAACCGCUCCAGUAAUUUUCAACGGUUUAGAUUAAUCUUGGCAAAGCAAGCGAGAAUCGUGUUAAUUGUUCAGAGGUUUCUCAAACUCAUGAGAGCUCAUUCUAUUGUGCAAUCAUAUUCUGCCGUAGAUCAAGCCAAGCCCGAUAUCUUCGAAAAUGUAUCAAAUUCUUCUGAUAACAAUUCGUCGAAUGAAACAUUAGAAGCAUCUCCGAAUACAUCGAUCACUACUUCUGGUGAUAUUGAGUCUGACACAAACGACACAGACUACGAUUCUGACGACCUUCCGGACGAUCCAGAACUAUCUGCUUCAGCAGAAGAACGAAUAACAAACCCAAAGGCAUACUUUGACAAAUUGAAAUAUUUGGAACAGCAAGUUUUCAACAAUACAGGACUUUUUAUCCAUAAAACUGGCGAUUCUACUGGACCAGCCCAGGAUGAAGCUUUACUUUGCCUUCCAGAAUCAGAGUACCAUAAAUACCAAACUGGUUAUUGUUUGAAUAUCAUUAAAUACUCCGACUCCGAACUUCUUUUGGACCUUCUUGUAUGUCAUAACAGGGCCCACACGGCUGGCAAUAAUCUUACCGCACUUCAAGAGAAUAAUUAUUGUGCAAAGAAUAUCUCCUUGUUAGUACAAGAUCAGCGGAGGGCUGGGGUUGUGAGAGUUAUUCAGAUUGAGAUACAGACUAUAUUAGAUUUAUUGGGAGUUUUUAAAGAGUUCAUGGGUAUAAUAUCGGUCAAUUUCACUUCACUUCCUUCUUCCUACAACAGAUUCCCUGCGGAAGAGGCCGAUCGACUAAUAAAAGAAAUUGACGAUUCGUUAAAUCUAACCCAGAAAUGCCUCGAGAUCUUGACUAUAAUGUCGAUCUUAACAUUUUCUGAUAUGGCUUGUCGAUCAUCAGAUGGCUUUUUUUGGCAACUUACUACUCAAGUCAUAGAACUCGCAAUUUUAUCAUACGCUGGCGCUCACAUUCAACCCUUCGAUACAGAGUUGGUGGGGAAGGAUAUACCAUCAUUCCAUAUUCCACAGAAGUUUAAAUAUCAUGAUAGAGCUGUGAAUCUACUCAGAGGUCCUUCUGGCAUCUCAAAUUUAGGUGGAUUGGGUGUCGAAAUAUGCCGUCGACAGUUACAGUGUAUGGACAGGUUCUUAGGAGGGAAGCAGCCAUGGGUUUUCCAUCCCUUCAAUCAUGGCCAUCCUGAUCAUAAGAUACGUUUGUUUCUAUCAUCAACCAUUGAGGCUCUAACAGAUCUUUGGGGUCCGUCUUGGAAAAUUAUGAGAAGCUCUUUGACAAAUGAGAUCAAGCAAUAUGAUAUCGGAAAUGAGGUCUUUUGUCACUGGAUAUCAUUCAAGACUUGGAAUGAGGAAGAAGUUGAUGCAAACCAGGAAUCGUUACCGAGACAACACUUUUUAUCUUCCGACAUCUUAUUGAUUGGCGCACCCAGUGAUUAUGGUCUUAUCGUCAAUAAAAAGUGUGUUCAGUCUCCCGAACGCGUCUUACGUAUUAAAGGUCAAUUGUCGGAUCAACAAGCUCUUCGCUCACCUAAUACUUCUCGUGCUAGACGAUAUGCCGAUUCACAUGCAAUACAAAUACAGGGAAGUGCAAUGGGAUUUAUCUCCGGAUCAGGUCAAGUAACUUAUAAACGGAGAAUUAGGCAUACAAUGAAGGACGCCUUAGUGGAGCGAUGGCGACAUGGUCUACGAAAUCCUCUUGAUCUUGAAGCUUACUCUGGAGUUGAGGUAUCUCUCUGUUCUCGUAAUGCUCGUCGUCGACGAUUGUUAAACAUUCUCGCGUCUGAUACUAUGGUCAAUUACCUUCGUGCCAUUUCCUUCACAUGGGAUAAAGGUGUCUGCGAGUCUUCGUAUCUCAAAGCAUUACGUUGUCCAAAGUCAUUUCGAAAAUUUUGGAAAGCACAUAAAGAUUGGCAGACCAAUAUUGGUGAUGCAAUUUCCAAGUGUUUGGAUGCACUAGAAGAGACAGGCAUUGAUGAGGAUAAUCAAGAAUUAAGUGCUUUUUGGGUUGAAUCUUUUGAUGCGGAGGGGGAUUCAGAUGGGGAGGAUGAUGACGAUUCUAUUGUGCAGCCCGACUCGCUCAAAAAUAAUACUACUGGCGGCGGAAUUCAAUCAACAGUACAAAAUAACAUUGCAACCGGACUUCCAACUCCACCAAAUAGUUUAGUUUCAGUGGAUUUGGACACUUGCAAUUUUUUUGAGGAAUUGAUCGUUACAUUAUUUCGAUCCGAACAUACAUGGACAGGAUUUCUAGAGGACUCUGAAGAAUCAUUAACCAUGGUAGUUGUUGGAAAGGAAUGUCUCGAUUUUCACGACCAAGAUGGAUUCGGGCGCUGUUGUUCCCUUAAAGCGAAGACCAAAGGAUAUCCUGUUUUACAAACCUCACUACAAAUUAAUGAAUCACUACUUUCCAAUUGUUCUGCAAAGCUCAAGCAAGAAAAGGUGGACAGUAGUAAGAAGACUAUCUGGAAUGCACAUGAAUUUAAGAGGGGAACAACAUUUUGUUUGGGUAAUCAUGGAACAUUGGAGGUUAUAUCUGGGUCUUCCAAAUUAUGCCCAACGGUAGUAGAGUGGAAGGGAGUAAAGGUGGGAAAGUGUUGGGGGAUAUUGAAAGAGGUAAAAAAUGUAGGUGUUGACGAAAACUUGCUUGGAAAGAGCGUUGAGAAACAUCAUAAAGAGUUUAUAAGAGGAUGUUGGGAAGUCAAGCCACUGCCAGUUUUGGUUUUGAGUAAAAGUACAAAGGUUAUAUUUGGAAAAGAUUAG